AUGGAUACAGUUUUAUCAGUGGGAAGUGGAACAAGUACUCUAAUUUUCUUGAAAUUUUUUUGGAAAAAGCUGCUGUUGUCCUUUCAGAAGCCUAGUUCUAAAGGGCAGAGUCCUAAACUUGGAGUUCAGGUGGAGAAAGCUGAUUUCAGUAAAGAGGUUGAUCAAUUACUACUUGAGACAGACACAAAAUAUGCCGUCGUGACAACCUCAAAAAGAGGGGAAUGCUUUGGUAUGCUUGGUCCCAAUGGCGCCGGCAAGACCUCUUUCAUUAAUAUGAUGACUGGUCUUACAAAGCCAACAUCCAGGAAGGCAUUUGUUGAGGGUCUGGACAUAAGGACUCAAAUGGAUGGUGUGUAUAGCAGCAUGGGUGUGUGCCCACAGCAUGAUCUGCUUUGGGAAAUCCUGACUGGAAGAGAGCACUUAAUGUUUUAUGGAAGACUUAAGAACCUCAAAGGUUCUGCCUUGACACAGGUGGUUUAUAUGGAUGAGCCUAGUAGUAGUACAGGACUAGAUCCAGCUUCCAGAAAAAAUUUAUGGAAUGUCAUGAAGUGUGCAUUGCAAGACCGGGCAAUCAUCCUCACCAGUACUCUGUCUCCCUCUCUCUCUCUCCCCGCAUUACUUGUUGAACUUGCAAAAAUGAGGUCCCAUUCAAUGGAGGAAGCAGAAGUCUUGUGCGAUCGAGUAGGUAUUUUUGUAGAUGGCAGCCUGCAGUGCUUAGGAAAUCCAAAAGAGCUGAUAGCUAGAUAUGGAGGAUCUUAUGCGUUCAUAAUAACAACAUCUUCAAUUCAUGAAGAAAAUGUGGAGAAAUUGGUGCAAACUCUCUCUCCUAAUGCUAACAAGAUAUACCAUGUAUCUGGAACCCAGAAGUUUGAGCUGCCUAAAACUGAGAUCAGAAUAGCAGACAUCUUCAAAACAGUGGAGAUUGUGAAGAGCAGGUUCACCAUUUAUGCAUCAACCUAG